ACCUGUCACCCUCUCUCACGCUCCCUCCAUAGCACCUGUCACUUGCAAUGGAACAUCCUGCCGUCUAGGUGACCUGCUGUUUGUUAAUGUUAAUCUAUCUUGGCUGGAGGCCCUGCAGUACUGUAGGCAGAGGAGCUCCAGGCUGGUCCACAUCCUGAACAGUACCAUCCAGAUCCGGGUCACCCAGCUGCUGAGCUCCCUGCCGGCCGAGAUGCUGCCCGUGCCCACGGCCUGGGUGGGGCUGGAGCGCUGCAUGAUCAACCCCAGUGCACCAUGGGAGUGGGUUGAGACUGGGGUGGUGGAGUACGAGCGUUGGCAUGGCGACCACCCGCGGAACGGCUGCAACUACCACUGUGGCCAGGUGGUGCAGGAGCCUGCAGGGGAGUACAGGUGGUGGGACGCCUGCUGCAAGGAGGAACGCCCCUUCAUCUGUCAGGACAAGUAAUCAACUGGAGUGAUGACACCGUGGGGACUGCUAGGCUUACACCUGCUAUUAAGAUAUUCUAUGCAAAUAAUUUCCAUACACACACACACACAUGCACACACACACACAAACACACAAACACACAAACACGCACGCACACACACACACACUGCUGCCUCGUCAGAUGGAUCCUGAUGAGUUCAUACUUUAACACAUUUCUUUGAUAAUUUCUUUUCCAGAUGUUGUUAAAUUACACACAAUAAAAAAAAACGGUACUUUUUAAUCAAUCCUCAUACUGUAGAUAGUGCCCGUAAUGUUGUCAGAUGUUGUGCUCUUGAUUCUGUUACACUGUAGACUUUCAACUUUUAACAUACAACUGAAGUGGACAUGCAAUGGGACUACAUACAGUACAUUUCUGUAUAAUCUUAACUGUAGAAUAGCAUCAUAGAACA